AUGCCUUUAAGACCAUCAAAAAGUGCCCUGCGCACUCUGCACUACCAGAGAUACAUUGCCUCUGGGCGAAGAACCUUUGCUACUUCUGCUGCGGUCUCGACGCCCCACCGCUUUUCGACUCAGAAGCGCGACCAGAGCACAGCAACGGCCACUGCUUCCACAUCUCGUCCCCGACCUAGCCCUGCCUUCAACCAGGAACCCAGCCGCAAUGAAGUGUCGCCUCUCCAGAACCGACAGCUCCCCGAGCUCGACGACUCCUUCGUCGGCCUCAGCGGUGGUGAGAUCUUCCACGAGAUGAUGCUGCGCCUGGGUGUGAAACACGUCUUUGGUUACCCUGGAGGUGCCAUUCUCCCCGUUUUCGACGCCAUCUAUAACUCCAAGCAUUUCGACUUCGUUCUGCCUCGACAUGAACAGGGUGCCGGCCACAUGGCGGAGGGUUAUGCUCGUGCUUCAGGGAAGCCUGGUGUUGUCCUCGUCACCUCUGGUCCCGGUGCUACCAAUGUCAUCACCCCCAUGCAGGAUGCCCUCUCCGACGGUACCCCCAUGGUUGUCUUCUGUGGUCAGGUCGUCACUACCUCCAUCGGUACCGACUCUUUCCAGGAAGCCGACGUGGUUGGUAUCUCUAGGGCGUGCACCAAGUGGAACGUUAUGGUCAAAUCCGUCGCCGAGCUUCCCCGCCGUAUCCAAGAAGCUUUCGAAAUCGCCACUAGCGGUCGCCCUGGCCCCGUCCUCGUCGACCUUCCCAAGGACAUCACCGCUGGCAUCCUUCGCAAGCCCAUUCCCAUGCAGAGCACUCUCCCCUCUCGCCCAAGCGCCGCGACUCUGGCAGCCAAGGAAUUGAGCGAGAAGCAGCUUCACAGCACUAUCAAUCGUGUGGCCCGUCUUGUCAACGUCUCCAAGAAGCCCGUUCUUUACGUUGGCGCCGGUAUUCUCGAAAACCCUGAUGGACCCAAGCUUCUGAAGGAGCUGGCCGACAAGGCCAAUAUUCCCGUGACAACCACCCUCCAGGGUCUCGGUGGUUUCGACGAACUUGAUCCCAAGGCGCUGCAUAUGCUCGGUAUGCACGGCUCUGCAUAUGCCAACCUGGCCAUGCAGGAGGCCGAUUUGAUCAUCGCCAUUGGUGCCCGUUUCGAUGACCGUGUCACAGGCAGCAUCGCCAAGUUCGCCCCUCAGGCCAAGCUCGCUGCCGCGGAGAACCGUGGUGGUAUCGUUCACUUUGAGAUCAUGCCCAAAAACAUCAACAAGGUGGUGCAGGCGAACGAGGCUGUGGAGGGUGACUGUGCCGAGAACAUUCGUCACCUUCUUCCCCUCGUUGAGGCUGUUCCUGAGCGCCAGGAGUGGUUCGAUCAGAUCAACGACUGGAAGUCCCGCUUCCCGCUUUCCCUUUACGAGAAGCAGACUCCUGAAGGCCCCAUCAAGCCGCAGGCUCUGAUCGAGAAACUCAGUGACCUCACUGCUCACAUGAAGGACCGCACUAUCAUCACUACUGGUGUUGGCCAGCAUCAAAUGUGGACCGCUCAGCACUUCCGCUGGCGCCGUCCUCGCUCCAUGAUCACCUCCGGUGGUCUUGGUACCAUGGGAUACGGUCUUCCCGCUGCUAUUGGAGCCAAGGUUGCCCGUCCUGACUGCCUUGUCAUUGAUAUUGAUGGCGAUGCCUCCUUCAACAUGACUCUGACUGAACUCACCACCGCCGCCCAGUUCAACAUUGGUAUCAAGGUCCUUCUCCUUAACAACGAGGAGCAGGGCAUGGUGACCCAAUGGCAAAACCUGUUCUAUGAGGACCGCUACUCUCACACUCACCAGAAGAACCCUGAUUUCGUCCGUCUCGCUGAGGCAAUGGGUGUCUCUGCCCAGCGUUGCACUGCGCCUUCAGAUGUGGAGGCUAAGCUGAAAUGGCUGAUUGAGAGCGAUGGACCUGCUUUGCUCGAGGUUAUGACCGACCGCAAGGUGCCUGUGUUGCCCAUGGUUCCCGGCGGAAGCGGCUUGCACGAGUUCCUUGUCUUUGAUGAAGCCAAGGACCGUGAGAGGAGGGCUUUGAUGAAGAAGAGGAACCCGAACGGCAUCUAA